CAGUUUCGUUCCAGCUCUGCAUCGCACAGACAAGAAAUUCUAUUUCUGCAGCUGACGUGAUAUCUCUGUCAACCCCCCCCAAAAAACAAAUUUUCUCUCGUUGAAAAGAAGAAAGUAAAGCAGCUAAAAAGUCGCACGACGAGAUUGUGUGCUAACAAUUUUCGCGUUCAUAAUAUUUUGGCGAAUUUAAAUAGUCGAAAAAAUUUUAUUUUACCAACUCCAUAGUCGGUGAAAUUAGAAAAAAAAUUGAAAGAAAAUCCAAAGCAGCAACUAGCUUCCUCUGGAGUACAGCAGCGGAAAAGGGACGUAGGUAGAAAACUCUCGUACAGGUACAAGUACAGUGCGCCUAGUACCGCUGGUGGGAAGAGCACAACAACAAAAUAGUAUCGAACGGGACGAGUGCCGCUACGUACGAUAGGAAAGAGGCGAAAAAACGUGGUUUUUUGGUUCGAUAGCAGCCCAGCAGAAAAUUGUCAAAUUAUAGCAAAAGAAAAAUUAUUGAGUGAAUUACGCGCUUUAUAGUGACACUAGUGAAGAAGAAUAAAAGGUGCAAUCUUCGCGAUACCGCUAAAAAUGGAAAACCAAAACAAUACCGCUGUUGCAGACGCAGCUAACGCUGCGGAAAAUGGUUCAAACGCUACUCCGGAAGUGUCUUCUACAACUAAUGUACCCGCUGAGCCAACUAAACGAUCACUACGUGUUCAAACCUGGAAGAAAAUUCAGGAUAACAAGUGCGGCGUCGGUUUCAAUGCUAUUUUCAAUCGCAUACCUGGUUUUGUAGACAGCGACAAAGCCGCCAAACUUCUAUCAGAAACCGAAGAGUUCAAAAAAGCUCAAAACAUCAAGGUUAAUAUCGAUCGCGCUUUGCAUUCGGUUAAAUUGGAAACUCUGCUUGCUGGAAAAAACUUGUAUUUACCAGGAACGCGUGACUCCAAAGCUAUAUAUUUAAAAGUUGAUGUGCCUGCUGACGCCACAGAUGACCAGAAAAAGGAAAUUCUAAAUGUACAAGAUGUUCAGCAACAUCGCACAGAAAUAACUUUAGAAAACAAAGUUAAGUUGGAUAUGGUAGUCAUUGGUUCGGUGGUAGUAUCACGAGAUGGUUACCGCAUCGGACGCGGUAACGGUUUCGCCGAUCAGGAUAUUGGCUUGCUUACCGAAAUUGGUUCAAUUACGCCUGACACAGUAAUCGCUACGAUGGUACAUGACCUGCAGGUUGUUGAUAGCCUGCCAAAAGAGCUAUUUCAAAAAUACGAUACUCCUGUUGAUUUGAUUGUAACACCCACAGAGGUUAUACAUGUCAGCAAACGGUUGCCACGACCAACUGGCAUAUUUUGGGAAUUGCUUUCGGAACGCCGUCUUAAGAUUGUACCUGUUCUCCAGGUGCUUAAGGAAAGCCAAGAGAAGGACGGUAAAGUAAUUGCGCUGAAAGAAGUGGAUACCGACAUUGAACAAAAUCCAAAUGCACGCAGUCGUCGCCGUGGACCGGUUCGUCGGCGUUUCGGACGUCGCAACCAACGUCGCGCUAUAUCUCAAACCGAUACCGAACAACAAGGUCAAAAUGCCGUCUCAAAUGCUGCUGGGCGUAAUCCUCGCAGAGCCCGCCGUUUCCCCAACCGAAGACGGCGUCCAACAAAGUCCGAAGGCGAUCAAUCAGGUGUUGAAGGCAAAAGCCAGGAACGCAAGGGAGCCGGCGGUGAUCGCAAACAGCAACAGCAACAACGGCAGCAGCGUGUGCGUAAGAAUCGACUUGCCCGCGAUUUCUGCAUUAAACUUUCGAAUAUUACGCGAGAUGUGCGCGUAAAGGAUUUGAAGUCCGAGUUACGUAAGCGCGAAUGUAACCCACUCUAUAUCUCAUGGAAAGGUCAAUUUGGCAAGUGCUACUUGCAUUUUGGCAAUCGCAAUGGCACACCGAGCACUGAGGACGAAAUUGAAAAGGUGCUCAAGUCGUUGAAUGACUUGUCAUUGACAGUGACUACCGGUGGAGGUGCUGGUGCUGGUAAUGCCAGUGGCGCUGAAGGAGACGCUGCGCAACCACAACAGACAAAAACCGUCGCAGUCAAUGUGGAGUUGCUCAAGUUUGAUGAGAAGAAAGCUGAAGGUGGUAGCGGUGCUACUGAAAAUGGUGACGUUGCUGCAGGCGGUGAUGCUGGCGCUGCUCGCAUCGAGUCCGUCGAUACCACCACCGUAUAGUAUGAGCUACGGGCUGUUUUGAAACGGCUGUACUUUUGGUUGGGACAUUUGGAAUCGUGCGUUCAACGAGAGAAAAUUGUUUAACAUUCAUUUACUCCUCCGUCAACACCCGCCCCUACAUAUACAUACAUAUAUUUGCCUUCCCCGUUCAGUAAUAUAUUAUGCAACUACUACGCACGUUUCUUAUUUUUUCCGAAUGUCAGAUUAGUUUUAUUUUUAAUAUUUCAAAAUAUUCUUACUUAUAACAAAUAAAACAAUUAAAGAUUUUUGUUCUUUGCCAUUGCGGGGUAUUAUGAUAGCCAAGUUCUGAACAAAAUAUUUGUUUGGUAUUUUUUACCAUCCCCGUCGGUUUAAUUUCGAUUGUAAUAUAUUAAUUUUUUUAAUUUCUUGUAUGCGUAGAUAAAAAAUACUCUUAAUAAUUAUUAGCUUGCGCGCACUUUUUAACUUAUUUGUAAACUGAAUUUACGAAGAUAACUAGCAAAUAUAAAAAAAGAAAAUUAAAAUAAAAAUAAAAAAACAAGUAAAAAUACAUAAAAACGAAAAAUAAGGGAAAAUAAUAAAAAAAAAUAUAUAUUUAGUUAUAUAUAAAGAAGUAAAAGCGAAAAUAACGAGAAUUAAUUCUCAACGCAAUUUCCAAAUGUCCUGUUCCAAUUUGAAAAGCGGUUAUUUAAAUUGCUCUAGCAGCAUGAGCCGCCGCACACAUUUUUAAUGAAAUGAAAAACUAAAAAAAAAAUUAUAAAAAUGUUUGCGAAACAAACAACAAACAUAUAUUGAACUAACAAUUGAAACAUUUAGAAGAAA